AUGUUUACGGAGAAACUGUUCGACAACCUCGGCGUCGAUAUGAUAGCGAGCAACGAUUCCGAGGAAUCGAUGGAGAAGUUCUCGAACAGCAUUGGCGGUGGGAAGUAUCAGACGGUGAUAACGGACCUCGGGAAAGCGCUCCUGCAGGCGGCCCGCAUUGGCAACACGGAAAAGGUGCACGAGCUGAUGAGCCGUGGUGCACCAUUUACGGCGGAUUGGCUGGGUACGACGCCGCUUCAUCUAGCCGCACGGUACAACCACAUCGAGACGUGCAAAGUACUCCUAAGAGCUGGCAUAAGCAAGGACUCGAAGACAAAAGUCGACCGAACGCCACUACACAUGGCCGUGUAUCACGGAAACCUGGAGGUGGUGGAAUUGUUGCUCAGCAAUAAGUGUGAGGUCGAUGCGAAAGACAUGCUGAAAAUGACGGCUCUUCACUGGGCGGUCGAGAAGCAUCACGAUAAGAUCGUGGAAAUGCUGCUACAGCACGGUGCUGACCCAAACGCGGUCUCAAAGUUCAACAAAACGCCCAUCCAGCUGGCGACGGAUACGGGUCAAUCGGAGCUGGUGCGGAUACUGCUGCUCGCGAACCAGAUGCGAGCCGCUAGUUGUGAGCAAGUUGGGGUGCAGGAAGCCACGGACAGUCUGAUGUACGAGCUGCAGCAACACAAGGAGCGUCAUUUGGUUGGGCAACAGGGUGCCGACGAGGAAAACGCCGAAGUAGAGGACGCUAUUACAAUGGACCUAAGCAACGACAGCAACAGUAACCUAUCGGUGCACUCCGCCCACAACCGACUCCACAACACGUCCGAUACGGACCUUCUCAUCGAGAAGGAGGACAGCCUAAGCGAUGCCAUAACGAACCUGGUGCAAAGCACAAAGGCGGACCCGAAAAACCUCGACUCGACGACGCUGCAGAUGCUGAAGGAUCACGGCAUCACGCUAAUGCCGUCCGACGACACCGGCAGUCUCAUCACGUCGGCCAUCAAGAGCGGGCGAAAGAUCGUACUUUCGGAGGCCGGCAAGUUUGCGCUCAAGGAAACGAGAAACAUGCACACCCACCACCAUCAGCCCGUGCACCAGCUGCACAAGCAAACGAUCCACCCGGUAUCGACGGUGCAUGGAGCGGGUGGCGUGCACCCAAAAACGAAGACAAUCAAAAUCAUCAAAAAGCAGUCCUCCUCGGCCGGUUCGUACGGCGUCAGCAUACCUGGCCAGCAGCACCAUUCGCAUCUGCAUCACGUCCAUCAGUCGAGUGGGGGAACUCCACCGACGAUCAAAACGAACAAGGUCAUCAAGAUCCUGUCGGCGGAAGAGUUCAAGCAGAUUUGCGGCGGCGAGGUGGGGAGCAUCAAGCGGGUCCCGUCGUCGGAGUACAAGAAAGCGGUCACCUCAGCUACUGUGAGAGUUCCUAUCAACAGUCGUCCGCACGUUUUACCUGCGCCUGGCGGUGGCUUAAGCACCAAACAUAUAAGCAAAAUCGUUAUGACUAAAUCGGGCCAGCGAAUUCCGGUGAUGACGGGCAGCAAAUCCGGUAGCGAGGUGGUGCAAGCGAAACUAAACAGCAGCAGUAGUGCCUCCGGUUCCGGUAGUGUAAGCUUAGCGAACGGUCUAUCGAGCGGGCACAACCGGCACAUCAUCACCUCCGCGGACGGUGUAAAGCGGCUACGAACGGCGACCGGCAUGGAGAUCAUCUCGUCACUGCCCACAAAACUGCCCCAAGAUACGGUGGUAUCGGUGGAAACAUCUCCAUCGUCCCGCGUAGGGUCCGUGUACCAUCGCGUUACGACGCUGGGCAACUCCACGUCUGCUAACUCCUCCCAGUCGAAUAGCACGACCCCGGCGUCCAGCCUGAUGGUCGAGAUGCUCGAACGGCAGCUGUUGGAGGUGAAAAAGCAAACCGAGGACCUGCGGAAACAGUUCGAGCUGUCGCAGAAGCAAAACGAAGAGUACCGGACACGGGUGCAAAAGCUAGAGAAAGAGGUGCAAACGCUGAAGCAAGGCAACGCCGCGUCCAGUAUGGUCGAGAUCAUCUAG